UACAGAGGACAAUCACAGUAUCCCUAAAGCGGCUGUGAGGAUAAACCAAUACCUUUAAUGCUAAAUGCUACACAGGGAACAAUAUGUGCUGUGUUUAUCAUUCUCCGUCUUGUGGGGCAGGUGACAGGGUUGAGGUCCUCCCUCCUGAAACCCUUUUUUCUCUGGGCUUCCUGACACCUCACUCUCCAGUUUUCCUCCUCCUUCGCCAGCUGCACCAGCUCCCCAUGGAUUGUUCCCUCGAGGGCCGGGGCUCAUGCCUCCUUUGCCCAGGUGGUCUCCUGCCAGUCUGGGCCUGCAAAAUCUGACUCCCAAAUAUCCCUCUUUGCUGAGCUACACUAGAAAAAUGGGCCAAAGAUGAGGGAGGCAGUCCACUGAAACAAAUGCAAGCAAAGAUGUUCAAGUUCACUGCGGCCAGGGAAAUGAGAGAAACGAGGAGAUGGCACUCUGCACCCUAGGGUCUGGGGUCAUUCUGGGAAAGGGGUGCUCUCUUCACACGCACUUGGUGGGAUGCAAAGGCUACAACAGCAUUGGGGGAAAGGGACGCAGAUAUGCUCGGACCCAACCCCACCACUUCGCGCACUCAGACUCACAGAAACACAACGCGGGACGCAAGCGCACGCACGUCCGCAGCAGCAAAACACUGAAGUCAGAGUGAGCGCCGGCCAGCAGGACGGCGUGGGAUAUCCCAGGAAGGCCACACAGCUGGCACAGACGCUGAAUUAGCAGCGUCCCUGGGGAGGAAGGGAGGGAGGCACAGGGGCUAGGAAUAAGGACGCUGGGCCCAGAGUUCAAAAUCUUGAUUUUGCCACUUGAGCAUGUGCUUUGACUCCUUUGUGCCUCAGUUUCUUCUCUUGUGAAACAAGGAUGAUGAUAAUACCAGUACCUGUUUUGUAGGGUUGUGAUGAGGACUAAAUGAGCAACUGUGUCAAAAGUAUUUAUCAGGGAGGUGUUCGUUUGCUAAUUAAGUGCCUUAAGCUUAUUUUUGAGUAAGAAAGUUCAGAUGCAGAAAAUAUCCCAUACCUGUAGUUCUCAGGGGAAAAAAAAGCAGAAAAUAUUGUUACCUACAUCAUCAACAAGACCCUACGAGUGUCUACGUGUGCCUGCAAUCUCACAGGCAUAGAAAACUGUGGGACAUAAACAUGGCUGUCCACCAGGAUUAUCAAAGGAGAAAGUGUUUGUGUGUGUGUGCAUAUGGAGGGGUAAGCAAAAGAAAAAUAUUUAAAGCUUUUUAUGAUUAUGUUUACACAGUAUUACACUAUAUACAUGCACAUGGAUAAAGUUUCAAUGACCAAAAAAGAAGGAAACCAAAAGAGGAAAGAACUGUCUCUCCCACCAGGCUGUGGGCGGCACCCCAGCAGUGUGAAGAGCAGAAGUCCAGCCAAUAAUGGAAUCUUCCCAAAGCAUUACUUGCUUAAUUUGAAGUCAAACAAUCUGUGAUAAAUAUUUACUGCCAAUGCCGGGAAGAGGGAGGGAGGACAGAGGUACUGAAGUCAGUCAGUCUCAGGAUUGCCUUUUAUUCAAGGGAUUUUCCCCAGUGGGCUGUCUGCAGCUGUCAGGGACAAGAAGGCGGCGAGUCACCUGCGCGCAGCUCUGUCCCUGGCAGCGGUUUCCGCGCGCGGCGCAACGAGCCGGGGCGCGGCGAGGCGGAGGUUGAGCGCGUGGCCGGUGCCGCAGGAGCCUAGCAUGGAGUAUCAGGAUGCAGUGCGCAUGCUCAACACCCUGCAGACCAAUGCCGGCUACCUGGAACAGGUGAAGCGCCAACGGGGCGACCCCCAGACACAGCUUGAAGCCAUGGAGCAGUACCUGGCACGGAGUGGGUUGCAGGUGGAGGACUUGGACGGGCUGAACAUCAUCCAUGUCACUGGGACCAAGGGGAAGGGCUCCACGUGUGCCUUCACGGAAUGUAUCCUCCGAAGCUAUGGCCUGAAGACGGGAUUCUUUAGCUCUCCCCACCUGGUGCAGGUGCGUGAGCGGAUCCGCAUCAACGGGCAGCCCAUCAGCCCUGAGCUAUUCACCAAGCACUUCUGGCGCCUCUACCACCGGCUGGAGGAGACCAAGGACAGCAGCUGUGUCUCCAUGCCCCCCUACUUCCGCUUCCUCACGCUCAUGGCCUUCCACGUCUUCCUCCAAGAGAAGGUGGACCUGGCGGUGGUGGAAGUGGGCAUCGGCGGGGCUUAUGACUGCACCAACAUCAUCAGGAAGCCUGUGGUGUGUGGAGUCUCCUCUCUUGGCAUCGACCACACCAGCCUUCUGGGGGACACGUUGGAGAAGAUCGCAUGGCAGAAAGGGGGCAUCUUUAAGCAAGGUGUCCCUGCCUUUACUGUGCUCCAGCCCGAAGGUCCCCUGGCAGUGCUGCGGGAUCGAGCGCAGCAGAUCUCAUGUCCUCUCUACCUGUGCCCACCGCUGGAAGCCCUGGAGGAAGGGGGGCCACCGCUGACGCUGGGCCUGGAGGGAGAGCACCAGCGGUCCAAUGCUGCCUUGGCCUUGCAGCUGGCCCGCUGCUGGCUGCAGCAGCAGGACCACCAGGGCGCUGGGGAGCUGAAGGCGUCCAGGCCGAGCCUCCUGUGGCAGCUGCCCCUGGCACCGACGUUCCAGCCCACGUCCCACAUGCAGCUCGGCCUUCGGAACACGGAGUGGCCGGGCCGGACGCAGGUGCUGCGGCGCGGGCCCCUCACCUGGUACCUGGACGGCGCGCACACCUCCAACAGCGUGCAGGCCUGCGUGCGCUGGUUCCGGCAGGCGCUGCAGGGCAGCCAGAGGCUGAGCGCUGGGCCUGAGGUGCGUGUCUUGCUCUUCAACUCCACCGGGGACCGGGACUCCGCCGCCCUGCUGAAGCUGCUGCAGCCCUGCCAGUUUGACUAUGCUGUCUUCUGCCCCAACCUGACAGAGGUGGCAUCCACAGGCAGUGCAGACCAGCAGAACUUCACAGUGACACUGGACCACGUGCUGCUCCGCUGCCUCGAACACCAACAGCACUGGAACCGCCUGGAUGAGGAGCAGGCCAGCCCGGACCUCUGGAGCAGCCCCAGCCUGGAGCCUGGAGGGCCGGCGUCUCUGCUGCUGGCGCCUCGCCCACCCCACAGCUGCGCCAGCUCCCUCGUCUUCAGCUGCAUCUCCCACGCCUUGCAGUGGAUCAGCCAAGGCCGGGACCCUGUCUUCCAGCCACCCCGUCCCCCAAGGGGCCUCUUUGCCCACCCUGUGGCAGCUAGCGGGGCCAGUGUACUCCAAGAGGCUGUUGCCAUCCACGUGCUGGUCACCGGCAGCCUGCACCUGGUGGGUGGUGUCUUGAAGCUUCUGGAACCCUCCUUGUCCCAGUAGCCAAGGCCGAGGGGUUGGAUUGGGAGCCUCCCACACCUGCCCUGCACUCUCUCCAUGAACUCACGUCCUAGGUGCCUUUCAUUUUCUGAUUCUGCCUAGACUGGCCCAGGGCCCCAGGCUCUGGGUGGCAGAAUAGAGGGCCUGGGGGCAGGAGGCUGGGAGAGGAUGUCCUCUGUCUUUGAGGCUCUGUGCCUUGCCUUCUCCUUCCUCCUGGCCGAGACAGCGAGGGACUUCCCGAGUCUCUCACUGCCAGAGGAGGCCUGGCCGCCCGCCUCCCCUCCCGCCCUGCCGCCUCCUGGCUCGGGCCCAGCUUAUUGUGUGAGCUGCCUGGCCAGGCCUAGGGUCCUGCCGGCUGCCCGGGGAUAGAUUCCUCCUCCCAGUGCCUUCCGGGAAAGGUGACGGCCCCUGCUUGGGGCACCCUAGGGACAGAGGGUGGCUGGAAUGGAUUAAAGCUUUAAACUUUUUUAAAAAAAGAAAUGGCAAAA